UGCUCGACUUUAUUAUUUAUUCAACAUCCAGCUUGAACGAAAUAUUGGCAUGUUUUUUGUGGCAUUACUUGUGGCAUGUUUCUCAUUCGUUAUGAUUGGAGGCAUCCUAUUCUACAAAUUCAGGUUAUCGUAUAUAUUUUCAUCUGGUCCUUGUCAUCUUACCCUGGAUGUUCUGUUGCUUUAUUGUCUCUUAUUGCCUUGAUAUUUAUGUUGUCUUUCUUCUACAUAGAGCAAAUAUAUGUCAAGAGUAGAAUAUGUUUUCUGUUGCAUGUACUCAUUCCAGAACUCAUGCAAGUAUAAUAUUCUAUUUAGUUUCAUGGCUUGAUUGUUGGACCAUACUGAAGGUCUGUUGGUCACUAACAUAUGUUUAUUGGAAAGCUGAAGUUGUGUCCUGCAGAUUGUAAAAAGAUGACUCCAUGAUAAACCAAUUUAUUGCAUUUUGUGUGCUAUGUAGCAAACUUGAUUUUGUUUGUUCUCAAUUUUUGUAGUAGGAAUCAUUUUGUGAUUAUAAAUUCCUCAACAACUUGAAGGUCUGAAACUCAAUAAGAUACUUGCAGAUUCUGGCCAUUUGUAUCGAUCAAAUUCUUCGGUGGCCUCCCUCCCAUAUCAGCCAAGAUUAUCCUUUUUUGAAUUCAUUACAUCGGUGGCCCCAACAGUAGAAAAAUGAAAUGUGUUAUCUUUUGGAAAAAAAAUAAUAUUGACCAACUACUCGAUAUUGAUGGAAGACAAUUUGCCUCAGCAUUUAUCUAAAUAGUUGCAUCGCAACUUGAAUAACAUUGCUCUUUGAAUGAGAGUAACCGAGUAUAUGAAAGAAAAAGGAUUAUAUGAGAAUCCAGAGGUAACAUGGAUUUAUUGAGAAAGUACUCCGAUUCUAGAGGGUAUAGGCCAAGACCCUUCAUUUACAUAUUUAUAAAAUUAAAUUACUAAUACAUUUGUAAAGCUCAUUAUUAAUAUUUUUUUCCUACUCUUAAGUCCUAAUAAAAUAGGAUGCUCAAAUACAAAAAAUACUCAAGGGACAUGACUUCCUGUUUUAGAAAAUUUGGAAGCCCAUAAAAAUUCACAUGUAAAGAGACCUUUUGAACUCUCAAUACUCAAAGUCAAAAGGCUAAAUAACUUUACUUAAGCCAUAUGAUACCUGAAGUUGGAUGUCUUAAUAUCAAUGUGAUUCAGAUAGGACUUUAAAAACAACCACAUGAUAAUGAAAAUACAUCCAAAAACUAUAGGAAAAAUAAAAGACCUAACCUUGACUGGAUGAUGCAACCCUGACUUAAAUUAGCCUAACCCAGAACUUAAAAUUGUCCUACACCAGUUAAUUUUAUUGUGUUCUUGUCCUAAGGAUCUUUCUUCUGUCAAUGCCUAUUAUCAACAAAUGAAGCACUACCAGUUGAAUUCCUGUACUCUGGAUCAGUGCUCAUGUGUUCUGGAGAAUUGAGGAUUGGCUGCAUUUGUGAUUUUGCUCCACUGUAGUUUUAGUAUGGGAUCUUCCUUUUUUAUUUGAUUUCCCAUCCCAUUCUCCUUUUCAGUUAGUCUGGAAGCAUUACUUCAAGUUGUACAAUUCGAGGAACUUGUAGGAUUUACAUUAGUUUUGUCAGUAUGAUUGAAGUGUGGCAUAUUCAGUUUGCCGGUUGUGAACCAUGGUCCAUAGCUCUUUCUAUUUUCUUUAGGUAGGUCAUAAGUUUUUGUAUCUGACCUUGUUUUUGAUCUAUUAAAUACAUGGGAAUGGAUUGGAAGAAGGAUCAAUGAGAGGCUAACAAUAGGCUUGUGGUGUGAGACUGUGGAAUAUGUUAUUGUUAUUACAGAAGUGAACAAGAAUAUAGAUCAUAUGAAGUAUAAGUGAUAGAGAAAGUUGGAGGUUUGGAAUUAGUUUGUGAGUUAGGACCAAGUUUACGAUAUAAUAUUAAAUCUGUGAUGGACAAUUAUAUUUUAUAGAAAAUCAUGAUUGCCACAACUCCUAAUCAGUUAUAUUUUAUGGACCAAAAUGAUAGCGGAUGAGUGUACGAUAGAAAGAGAAUUAGAAGAGAAAAGAAAGUUAACAGAUUAGAGCAAGAAGACCCAGUUAGAGAGGAGACACCUAGGCCUUUGACCAACCAUAUCUAAUCAAUUAAGAAAAGUUGUGUUACCUGAUAUUUGUAAUUCUCCAUCUCCUAAUCCCAACUAUAUAAGAAUCUGAAACAAGCAAAAAGAUUUUUUUUUUUUUUUCUAUUUUAGGAAUCAUGGAAGCCCAAGAUCUCAAAGGGACUACAGUAACUGGCUAAACUCAAAUAAUGAUAGAAUCACUUUCUUAACCAAACCAUGGUUUCAAAUACCGGUGGGUAUAGUAGGUGUGGACUAUGAAUCACCUGUUUGUUUACCUAUCUGACCAUGGACUUGUAGCAGAUCAUAAGGUCCAACACCAGCCGAUAUAAUGUUUCAUUACAUUUUAGUGACACUAAAUGGUGCAUAUCUGUUAUCUCACUAGUCCAGUAUUGAUUGGUAUUAAUUUUCUAUUGGUUUUUCGAGUAAUUCAGGUGGUACACAUUGAUAUAAGGCUCGAUAUACCAUAUACCAGUGCCGUAGAGGUUUCAGUAUUGAGAUCAGUAAUGGAACGAGAUCUAAAUUCUUGAAUUAUGCUAUACCUAAACUGACUCCUGUUACUGAAAUAACUUAAAACAGGGGUCUGGAAAUAUCAUAAAAUAAUAACCUAGAAUAUAUGGUUACUUUAAAUUGCUUGCCAAGUUGCCAUAUACUUAUGGGAUACUUGUUAGGUAUAAUGGUUGUAAGAUAUUUUCUUGGAUACAUCUUAAAAACUUCCUUGAGAUGUUUUACUUUUUAGGUAACUAUUAAAAAAAUACAUGUUAGAUUAUGGUUUAUGUCAUUGAGUUUAAGCAUCAGAUUAUGAAUUUUGAUGAUAAUUGUUUAUCAUUGAGUUCUUAAUCUCUUUUCUACAUUCUAGACAUGUUUUAUUGCUAUAAAUAUUUUCUUUCAUGAUUUAUAGUUAUGCACUGCCAGAGCAUUACUUGUUCAACUUUGUCAUGUAUAAUUUUUAAUUUAACUUAUUUUUUAUUAUGAUAUCUGUGUUCUUUAUUUUAUUUUCUUGUCAUAACUACAUAGUCCUAAUCUGUAACAUGUCAUGUCAGUAUCUUGUUCCUUUAACCACACUUCAUUGAUGACUGCUAAAAUAAAUGGCUAAAAGUUCAUUUUUAAAACUGCAGAAAAUGGGAAAGCCCAAUCACUCAGUGUGACUUGAUCUCAAACAUAAAUUACCUAUUGUUGAUCCCACUAAAAACAUGCCCGGAACCACUCAGCCUGUCAUUGACUUUAAAUUUUUAAAUAAAUAUUUUAUAUUUCAAAGUUGUCUAUAAAUACUUUUCUUCAUUCUAAACUGCAUCUCCUGUACUUAUGGUUGUUAAAUUUGCUUCUAAGAUAAUGUCAGUUUUUGAAUUCUAUUUUUUUUUUCUUGACAAGCUAGUGUUCUGCUUGCUUAGAUGUUCAUUGAGAUCAGCUUUAUGCCUUUAUCAGUUGUUGAUUAUCAGUACCUGCUUCAGCUGCUAUCCUAGACAUCUCUGUAUAACUAUUUGUGAUCUGCUUAUUUAGGAACAAGGAUCAGUCUUUGGAAGAUUGUUUUUGGGAAGCUUGGGCAUGCCUUUGUACAUCUUCUACUCAUUUAAGAGCUGUUAUGUUGUUUGGCAGCAAAAAACUCGUGUUGAACGUAUUCUUGGUCUUGUCCUUGCUAUCUGGGGAAUAUUAUUCUAUUCCCGAUUAUUAAGUACAAUGACUGAACAGUUUCGAAACAACAUGCAAAAGAUUAGAGAAGGAGCACAGUUGCAAGUUAUGGAAAAGGAUCAUAUUAUUAUCUGUGGAGUAAACAGUCAUCUGACUUUUAUACUAAAGCAGCUUAAUAAAUUUCAUGAGUCUGCCAUUCGCUUAGGUACAGCCACAGUGAGGAAGCAAAGAAUUCUUCUGUUGUCUGACCUUCCAAGGAAGCAGAUAGAAAAACUCGGUGAUAGCAUCACCAAAGAUUUGGACCAUAUUGAUCUCCUGACUAAAAGUUGCAGUCUAAGCUUGACAAAAUCUUUUGAAAGAGCAGCAGUAGACAAGGCACGUUCCAUAAUUAUUUUGCCAACGAAGAAUGAUCGGUAUGAAGUUGACACAGAUGCAUUUCUCUCAUUGAUAGCUCUUCAGCCUCUUCCCAAUGUGGCAUCUGUCCCUACCAUAGUGGAGGCUUCCAGCUCUACUACAUCUGAACUUCUUAAGUCAAUCACAGGCCUGAAUGUGCAGCCAGUUGAGAUGGUUGCUUCCAAAUUAUUUGUUCAGUGUUCUCGGCAAAAGGGUCUCCUCAAAGUUUACAGACACUUGCUUAAUUAUCGAAAAAAUGUGUUCAACCUUUGUAGCUUUUCAUGUCUAAUAGACUCCAAGUACAAGUAUGCAAGACAAGCCAUCCAGGAGGCAGUGGUGUGUGGCCUCUUUAGAUCUGGAAAAAUAUAUUUUCACCCAAAUGAUGAUGAAGUGAUUACACAAACAGACAAACUGCUUCUUAUAGCUCCUGUUUAUGGGGAAAAAAUGCCACAAAUGUUGCUCCCGGAUGCAUCAAAUUUGCAGCAUACUUCAAAUUAUCAAAAUCUAGAAUGCUCAGAAACUGAAGUUUGCUUUGACACCAAGAUUAGGAAAUCAAGGCUCGAAAAUAUAGUAAAACGCCCUUCAAAAUCAAGUUCCAAGACUAGUGAUUGGCAUCUUGGACCACGAGAGUGCAUAUUCAUGAUUGGAUGGCGACCAAGAGUUGCUGAUAUGAUUCGAGAAUAUGAUUAUUACCUUGGACCUGGUAGUACAUUGGAAAUAUUGUCAGAAGCUUCCAUCAGUGAAAGGAACAGUAUAGUGAACCCUGUGCUCCAAAGCCAAUUAAAGAAUGUCAAAGUUUCUCACAGGAUGGGCAAUCCCAUGUAUUAUGAAACACUGAAGGAAGCUAUAUUAAAUAUUAGGAAUUCUUCGUUGAAGGGGGAUGAUGUCCCUCUAUCAAUUGUUGUGAUAUCUGACAAAGAAUGGCUUGCUGGAGAUCCAUCCCAAGCAGAUAAACAAACAACUUAUUCCCUUCUUCUUGCUGAAAUUAUUUGCAAAAAACAUGGGAUAAAGGUGGAAAACCUAGUUGCUGAAAUUGUUGAUACAAGACUUGGGAAACAAAUUUCAAGAAUAAGACCAUCCCUUUCAUUUAUUGGUGCUGAGGAAGUGAUGAGCCUUGUAACUGCUCAAGUGGCAGAAAGCGCUGAGCUGAAUGAGGUUUGGAAAGACAUCCUUAAUGCUGAAGGAGAUGAGAUAUAUCUGAAGGAUAUAAGCUUCUACAUGAAGGAGGGUGAGAUGCCAUCUUUCUUGGAGCUAUCUGAAAGAGCAAUCCUACGCCGAGAAGUUGCAAUAGGUUAUGUGAAAGGAAACAAGCAGGUUAUAAAUCCAAGAAACAAGACGGAACCUCUUUUCCUGGAGAAGACAGAUUUGCUUAUUGUAAUCUCUGAGCUUGAAGGCGAACAACCGCUCAUUGUGUAAAACAUUUUUUUUUCUUUGGUGUAUAUAUUAUAUGGCAGUGAAGUUGGAAGAUCUUCUGUUCAUGGUCGUAGUGGUGGGUUGUUAUGUGCAAGAAUGAUCGUCCACCUUUUGUGGCAAUCAAAAGUAUCAAUAUAGAAAUACAAAUCUGUGCUCUGAAAUCCUUGAGCAUUCUGGUUAUGCAGCAGCAGCUGGAUUU